AUUCUUGCCAUCACUAGUAUUUAGUAUUUUACGAGUUCUUGCUUUUUAGCCCGAGGCAUGGGUGCACACGCAUGUGGGUGUGAUCUACAUCCGGGGUAUCGUGUUUGACAUCAUGGCGUACAUGUACAAUCGCGACUUCUGUAGGGUUGAUAAUGAUGUGUUUCAAGGCAACUUGUUAGACUACACGUUACCUCCACAUCUUAGAGCGCGUCCACCUCAGCUAUUAGGCCAAGGGUUAGCAGGACCUGUGCCCUUUCUUUCUUCUGUGACUGCUAACGUUGCUGUGAAUCAACCGUAUCGGUCAAGAUCGAGUCAACAACAACAUCGCGCGCGAUUUUUCUCUGACCGUCAGUCAGCACGCCGAGACAACCGCUCACCUUACGUUGCCAGGACGAUCAAUACGUCAUUAUCCGGGAAAUCGAAUCCAACAGUUUCCACGGUUUCUUCCUCAUAUCGGCCAAUCAGUAAUCAGUCGAGCUCGGCACCUCAACAUACUUACCCAUUAAGUAAUAUUUCAACACCUGCUCAUGAGACUACAUCUACAACUAACAGACAAUAUCCAACCUCGUCAGUCAUGACGUCAUCGACUCAAAAAUCUCAGGCCACAAGUCGACAACCGGAUUCUCAAAAUCCUACAAGUUCCGUGUUGUCGCGAUCGAAAGGAAAGAAUAAAGCGAAGAAAGCGGGCACAAAGGACACGACGCAGCAUUACUGUGAGACGUGCAAGAUUAGUUGCUAUGGAGACCAGACAUGGAAGAUGCAUCUGGAGGGGCAGAGACACAAGAAGAAAGUGUCUAUGAGUAGUAAUGUGGCAGAUGUGGAAGGGAGUUUGAAGUGUGAAUUGUGCAAUGUGACGGUAACGGGUGAAGACGGGAUGAAGUUACAUGUUAAUGGAUCGAAACACAAUAAGACACUCAAGCUCCACCUGAUACUUGGUAAACCAAUACCUCAACUACCAAGUAUUUGUAGUACAGCAGACUCGGCCACAUCUCCAUUGUCAUCUGAAAUAAAUGACAUUGUGACUGAAGCAGCCCAACACGAACCAAUUCAACCAACACAGAAUCCACUCACCCAGAAAUCAAAAUCUCCUGUCCAGCAACGAGAACCUCUACUCUCAACACCAUCAGCAUUAAGUUCAUUUGCCUCUGAUAUACAGACGUCAACAGCCAGUGUCACUGACGUGACGGAUGAGGAAAUGCUGGACACGCUGAUUGUUGUCGAUUGUUCUGAUGAAGCACAUGAAGGUGUUGUUGGGGAGGAAUACGUAACGGCUUUGCUGCCAUCUGAGAAGUUACCGAAAGGUGGAUUUGAGUGCAGUCUUUGUUCUUGUGUGUUUAACGAUGACGUAGCGAGGAGGUUGCAUGUGAGAGGGAGGAAGCACAAGAUGAUGUAUAAGAAAAAGUUUCAACCCGAUCUCGUAGUUGACGUACAACCAAGCAAGGCAAGACGAAGACGAUUGUACAAGAAAAGAGUCGAAGCGAGCAAGCUGAAUAGGCAGAGAAAGAUAGAAACAGAAACGAGGCCACAACUCAUGGAGAAUGCCAAGCCUCAACAACAACGAAACGAUCUCGGUCAUCGAGUGUCAACGUCACAUCAUCGUUAUUCAUCCGAUGUUGAUAUUAAUGAUAUUCCAUUAAAAUUGGAUCAACCUUAUGACUCAUUAGUCGAUCACCAAUUCAACUUCUCUCUACCAGAAAGACAUCAACCUCAGCUCUAUGAGUUAGAUUUCACAAAUCCGUUUCAUUCCGAACGACAGACUCCAACAGAGCUGCAACAACACGACGACUGGGCCAGCAGUGACGCACAUUUAGCCACGAAACACACUCACUAUGAGUACCACCACACAGAAGAUGAUUACAGUGACUACCGAUUUGAUACUCAAGAGGAGGACUAUGACGACCGACGUGGUUACUAUGACGACCUGGACUACAGCGAUGACAUUCACUAUGAAGCAUCAGACUCUCAAUACACGCGAGACUUUCUAAACAAAGAGAGACGUUAUCAACAAACGUACAACAACCACAAACGCUACAGGGACGGGACACGUUAUGUAGACGAGACGGCAGCAUACGGCAGGCAUCCAGAGUAUAGCGAAGAGACAUACUACACAGACGACACAAACGUGUAUGCUAAACGAUGGGCUGGUAGCUAUGACGACUACGAUUGACCACAUAAUUUUUCUGUAAGUGGGUGUGUAAUGCUAUAGCAACUAUUAAAGUGUAGGUCAUUCAUUAGGUGGUAAGCAGGUGGGUAUGCGUUUUGGUUGCCGUUUGAGAGUCGUGUGAUUACAUUGACGUGUUGGUUGA